GGGUGGAUGAGGAGGAGCCGGAGACGCCGCGGAGACCGGAGCGAAGACGGGCCGCGCCGGGGAAAGCAGGAGGGCGAAAAUGAAAGCAGGCUGUAGCAUCGUGGAAAAGCCAGAAGGAGGUGGAGGGUAUCAAUUUCCUGAUUGGGCCUAUAAAACAGAGUCAUCCCCGGGCUCCCGGCAGAUCCAGCUGUGGCACUUCAUCCUGGAGCUGCUGCAGAAGGAGGAGUUCCGCCAUGUCAUCGCCUGGCAGCAGGGAGAGUAUGGGGAGUUUGUCAUCAAGGAUCCAGAUGAGGUGGCCCGCCUCUGGGGCCGUAGGAAGUGCAAACCCCAGAUGAAUUAUGACAAGCUGAGCCGGGCCCUCAGAUACUAUUACAACAAGAGGAUCCUUCAUAAGACAAAAGGGAAAAGGUUUACUUAUAAAUUUAACUUCAACAAGCUGGUGAUGCCCAACUACCCAUUCAUCAACAUUCGGUCAAGUGGUGUGGUUCCCCAGAGUGCGCCACCAGUGCCAACCGCCUCUUCCCGGUUCCAUUUCCCACCUCUGGACACACAUUCUCCAACUAGUGAUGUGCAGCCGGGGCGGUUCUCUGCCAGCUCCCUAACUGCUUCUGGCCAGGAGUCGGGUAACAGCACUGAUAGAAAGGCAGAGCUUCCGGAGUUGGAGGAUGGCUCCACCACCGACUGGCGCCGGGGCGUGGAUCUUCUGUCCUCCCGGAGUGCCGUUGGUGGAGGGAUUGGCCAUCAGAAACGCAAGCCCGACAUAAUGCUUCCUCUGUUCACCAGGCCAGGGAUGUACCCUGACCCCCACAGUCCCUUUGCUGUCUCUCCGCUCCCUGGCCGUGGAGGUGUUCUGAACGUUCCCCUCUCACCGGCCCUGUCCCUGACCCCCACCAUCUUCUCCUACAGCCCGUCCCCAGGCCUGAGCCCCUUCACCAGCAGCAGCUGCUUCUCCUUCAACCCUGAGGAAAUGAAACACUACCUUCAUUCUCAAGCCUGCUCCGUGUUCAACUACCAUCUGAGUCCCCGGACAUUUCCCCGUUACCCAGGACUCAUGGUCCCGCCACUGCAGUGCCAAAUGCACCCAGAGGAGUCGGCCCAGUUCUCCAUCAAGCUGCAGCCGCCGCCAGCUGGGCGGAAGAACAGGGAGAGGGUAGAGAGCAGUGAGGAGUCAGCCCCUGUCACUGCUCCCACCAUGGCUCCUGUCCCCCCAAGAAUUAAGGUGGAGCCAGCCUCUGACAAGGAUCCCGAGAGUCUCAGGCAGUUGGUGCGAGAGGAGGAGCGCUCCCAUGGGGAGGGCGCUGUGCCAAGUAGGACCAUAGAUGAGGAGAAGGGCACUGUCUUUGCCCGCCCAGCUGCGCCAGUCUGGCCCUCUCUCUCCAUGAGCACCCCAAGUGAGGAACCCCUGGAGGUGACUGAAGACAGUGAGGACAGGCCCAGCAGAGAACCCAGCGCACCUGAGAAGAAAGAAGAUGCCCUGAUGCCCCCCAAGCUCCGGUUGAAGCGGCGCUGGAAUGAUGACCCUGAAGCUCGAGAGCUGAGAAACGAGCCACAGCGCCCGUCCCGGGGGCUGGGAGGCGGGAAGCCCUGCUGCAGGCUCCUUGGACUUUCCCCUCCUUCACCUGUUUGGAAAGCCAAACCACGGUGUGACUGUGAGUUCACCGGACAGCACGACCCUGGAGAUGUCUGCGUUGUGUCUGCUUCUCUGACCGUUUCCUAAGUCAAGCCUUAACAAUGAACACACUUUCACGUGAUACGGGUCUGUCAACAUAAACCUGUAAAAGGGCACGGACAACUUUUCAGAUGACCCAGGAAUGUUGAAACAUGGUUAAAUUUCGAGCUGGUAUUUAGUCCCCUCGUGACUUCAUGAGGAUGGGGAGCAGAAAGGUGGGAUUUGUGGGAGCUCGGGGCAGAUGUUACCUGGAAGCGCAGAAGGUAGCUGGGUUGCAAGUGGAUGUUUGUCGAGGCUGAAAGCAGAGGUGGAUAGAAGUAGAAGGCAGCCAGAUGCCAGAGCCUGGUAGGAAUGACAGAGUUGCUAUCUGUCCUGUGGUGGUCAUGGUGGUGCCAUUCCUGCCGUACCCAUUCCCCUAGAUUGUUCUCAUUCUCGUGAUCAACUGACCAUCCUACAUGAGACUCCAGUUUACAGUGAGGAGCUGUUUCUCCAUGGGAAAGCCCUUUCCCAUCAGCACAAAGGGACAGGCAGGUAUUGCUCUUGGGUGAAGCAAAAGGGGCCUGGGAGGGGGCAGAGAGAAGCCAUUACCACCCAAGUGUGCGUGCACGCAUCUCUGUGGUAUACAGAGGAGAUGCUGAAGUGGCUCAUAUCUGCCUGACGUAGAGACCAGGAUAGAGUAGAGGGCUUUGUAUCCGAUGGAGGCAAGAAGUGGGCACAGGGGUGGCAUCUAGGAAUUGGAGAGAUCCCCGACUCCACCUUAGCCUAAAUGAAGUCUAUACUGAUAAAUACUCAAGGGUUGUCUUUUACAGGGGGCUGGGGAGUUCUUUUUGAAAGGAGUGCAUGAGUGAGGGCAGAAAAGGUCAGAGCAGGUGAGUGGUUGUUAGGUGGCUUGGGGUGACUUGCAUCCAUCGUGCUCUUGUCUGGCAAGUCCUCCUCAUCCAAUUCAAGUUCCACAUAGUGACUUGUCUUUCCAUAGGGAAGGGAUUGGGAGUGCAGUCCUUGUCACCUCAGGCUCUGGUCAGGCUGCAAAGGGCUCCCUGUUCAGGCUCCUUCUGGUUGGUUGUUUUUGUCCAUUUCUCUCUCUGCACCUCUUACCUCGGAUCAGAAAGCAAGCCCAGGCAGGUGCAGGACAGCUCUCUGCUUGGCGUUGCCCAAUCUAACCAGGGAGGCUGGCCGGUCCCCGUUUGUCCAUGAGAGCCGAGGGCCAGCAUGUGUCAGUAUGAACUCAGGAAUAGAAACUCGAGGCCUUUAAAAUAAGAGGGAGAAAAAUCCGCAAUGCAUACCUGUAACCCCCUGGAACCCAAGUGCCAGAAUUAAUUCCUAGAUGCUGCUUCUGUUUGAACAAAAAGUCACUGCUUUUACACUUGAAAAAACACACUCGAAAAAUGUUCAACUCCAUGAAAACUGUUUUUCGACUUUAAGAACUUAUUUGGUGUUUUUACUGUUUCCUUUGACUGCCAUUCCACCAGUAAAUCAUUGGUUGAUUUGCAUUGCACACUGGGGCUGGGGCAGGGGGUGCAGGGGUCCUUACACAGAGCCAGACUUGGGCUCGCUCAGGAACGGGGCGGGAAUGUGAAAGUCAUUGCGGUUCCUGGGGCACCAGGGUGCGGGGGAGGGGACUUUCUCACCUUCCUGACCUGCUCUUGGCAGCACCUGUCGCCAGCCCGGCACAGAGCCAGGCCUUGCUCAUGCACUUUUCAUCACUGUCCGGUGGCAGGUGGGAAAGGGAGACAAAACCAGACCUGUUUCCUCCCCCCAUUUUUUCCAAAUUUCAAUGUGCCAAAUCUUUAAAACUUUGCAGAUACAAAUCUUGAAAUUUCAUUAAUCAGAACUUGUUCAUGUAAACAGUUUGCUUUUUUGACUAUAGGAAAAACAGUAGAGAUCUCUUAAGAGCAUCCAGCAUGGCUGAGCUCCCCCUUUUUUUUUUGAGGACAGCUAGAAGUGUAAUAGAAACGACUCCCCAGGUCCCUCCAACCCAGUCUUCAAGCUGCACUGCAUUAAACCAGCUCGCUAGCUAACACAGGGAAAUACUGCACCCUAGUCCUCCAUGGGCCAAGAAACUUCCAGAAGCAUUAAAACAUAGUUGAAGUACAUCACUUCUCACCAUGCGGGUAGUCAGUUGGCUAUUUGUCCCUUGUGUUUUAUUUAUUCCAUAAUUAUGUUUGUACUGUUUGUUUUGUAAAGGGUAAUGAAACAUACAUUUUAAUUUUGCUUAAAAAAUUUGACCCAAUCUUUCAAGAACUGUUUAUUUUUCAUUGGGGGGAGGGGAUUAAUCAGUUAAUUUGUUUUGAAAUAUCUGGGUGUUCUUUGAGUUAAAAAAUUGUGAGGCAGGGAUUUGUGAGUGAGACAUUCACAUGUGAAAGAUUACUUCACUAGUUAUCCGCUUCAGCAGAAUAAAGUGUGUAUAUGUACAUAGAUGUAAGUAAUCGACUCCAUUGUGCAGUGCCUUUUAGAUGUUCCACUUUCUAUAAAGUCUUCAGAUUUUUGCAUAUAUAUUAUAUAUAUAUAUAUGAUGUAAUGUUAUAGAAAUAUAUGUAUAAUAUACAUAUUUUUUCCAGGGGUAUCUGAUAGCUCUGUAUUUUGUUAUGGAAGUUGAAAGAAAAAAAGUAUUUUACCUCAGAAAUUAAAGUUAAAUAAAAAAAUACUUUUAAGUAA